AUGUCUCUUGCUGCUGCUGGUACUAAAACUGGAGGUGUUUUUUUGGUAGCUGCCAAGCGGACCCCGUUUGGUAGUUUUGGUGGUUCUCUCAAGUCGAUUACUCCUACCGAAUUGGGUGUCAUUUCCAGCAAGGCGGCGUUGGCCGGAUUGGAUCCAUUGCUGGUCGACACGGUCUAUUUUGGCAAUAUUAAUCCUUCGUCCAAAGAUGCCGCCUAUUUGGCCCGCCACGUGGCGUUGCAAUCGGGGUGUGCCCAGUCGACUCCGGCAUUGACACUGAAUCGAGCGUGUGGCAGUGGCUUUGAAGCCGUCAUUCAAGGGUAUAAUGCCAUUCGUUUAGGGCAAGCGCAGGUGGCCCUCUGUGGUGGAUCGGAAAAUAUGAGCAUGGCGCCGUUGCAAAUAUGUGGCAAUGAUGCCCGGUGGGGGGUUCCACUCGGUAAGGGACUCACGGUGCGAGAUGGUCUGUGGGCGGGAUUGCAGGAUGAUUACGUCCAGUUAUCCAUGGGCAUGACGGCCGAAAAAUUGGCCGAGAAAUAUGGAAUCACAAGGGAACAGUGCGAUGCCUUUGCACUCCGAAGCCAACAAAAUUGGAAGGCAGCACACGACCAGGGAUUGUUCGAGGCGGAAAUGGCUCCGGUGGAACUACCCAACAAAAAGGGCACCACAACACUGUUGACCACCGACGAACAUCCACGGCCCGACGUGACGUUGGAGAAAUUGGCCAAACUACGACCCGUCUUUCAAAAAGAUGGGGUCGUCACGGCCGCCAAUGCCUCGGGGAUUUGUGACGGAGCGGGUGCCAUUGUCGUAGCAUCCGAAGAAGCCGUCCAACAACACAAUCUACAACCCCUGGCUCGCAUCGUGUCGUAUGGAAUCACGGGAUGCGAUCCCACAAUCAUGGGAAUUGGACCCGUUUCGGCCAUUCGACAAGCACUGGCCCGUGCCGAUACAAGUCUUGACCAAGUGGAUCGAGUGGAAAUCAAUGAAGCAUUUGCCGCUCAAUUCUUGGCGUGUGCAACGGAGUUGGGCGUGGAUAUGGACAAGGCCAAUCUACAUGGAGGCGCCAUUAGUCUAGGGCAUCCUACGGGUGCUUCUGGAGCUCGCAUUAUUGCCCACCUGGCACAUGAAUUCCACCAAGAAGGCAGCAAGGCCAAGCUUUCCAUUGGUUCUGCCUGUAUUGGGGGUGGGCAGGGUAUUGCCGUCCUCCUGGAGAAAGCAUAA